AAUUGAAAAAACUAAAAGUUAUAACUUGAUCCAAUAGGAGUGUCUUGAAUGAAAUUACAUAGAAAAGAGGGGUAUGUAUAAAAAGCCUUUGGUGAUUCGUAUUUUUCUUUGCAAGCUUAGGGAAAGAUUCGGGCAGAAUUGCGCGUGGUCGUCUGGCUGAGGAGAGGAAAGCAUGACGUAAGAAUCACCCUCAUGGUUUUGUGGCAAAACCGGAGACUGGUCCUGAUGGCUGUGUCAAUUUGAUGGUCUGGCAAUGUUCUAUCCCUGGUAAACCUUCGACUGACUGGGAUGACGGUCACUAUCCACUAACUAUGCACUUCAGUGAAGACUAUCCAAGCAAACCCCCGAAGUGCAAGUUUCCACCAGACUUCUUUCAUCCAAAUGUCUAUCCUUCUGGAACUGUAUAUUUGUCUAUUCUCAAUGAGGAUAGUGGAUGGAGGCCAGCCAUUACAGUUAAGCAAAUUUUGGUGGGUAUCCAAGAUUUGCUUGACCAGCCAAAUCCCAAUGAUCCAGCACAAACUAAUGGUUAUCAGCUCUAUAUGCAGGAUUCAGUUGUGUACAAGAGGCGAGUGAAGCAGCAGGAUAAGCGAUAUCCAGCUCUCCUCUAGUUUUAGCUCUGCUUGACGACUCUGUAAUUAAAUUUGACUGAGCAACUUUCUCUUGAUUCUUAGCAAAACCAAUAGUCCUCAUUGACAUAGUCGCUCUGUGGCUAACUUUGGGUGCUUAUCUUGUCUAUGAUUUUUCUCUUGAUUCUUAGCAAAACCAAUAGUCCUUGUUGACAUAGUCGCUCUGUGCAACAUGCAUGCUUUCUCGUGUUUUUUGAUUACAUUCAGAAUUGUACAAAA